AUGUCUCUCAUCGGCCAUGUCUUUAACAAAGUUCUCAACAAGUCCAUCCCGGUCUAUAUCGCCCUAUCCGGGAACAGCUACAUUCGCAUGCCCAGUGUUAUCGACCAAGCUGCCAAGGAUGCGGCUCUUGCCAAGGUCAAGGAGCCCUUUGAAAGCGGCAAGCUUUUCAAAGACGAUGACAUGAAGCAGAUGGAGCAACUCACAAUUACCAACAUGACUCAUUGUAGCCCUAGUGAUCCCAACGAUCACUAUUCUGUUCAGGGCGAGACUAGCGCCGGUGGUAAGGUCAAAGGCAAUCACGCUCAGGUGGAUGCGUCCAAGCAGACUCAAGCUCGCUAG